AAUGACCACUUGGUGGCGCCCGAGAGCUCCAGGCUGAAAUAUAAAUUGAGGAGGCGGAGGAUUCCUCUUUCUUUUCUGCAAGGGAGGUGCACUUCUACAUGUCAAAAUGCCAAAAAGAAAAUGUAAAUUUUCUGUCAAGCUACAGAAGAAGUAUACCUGUUUUAGAAGAGGUAGAGAUGAUUUCGAAGGUGAAUGCAUGAUAUGUAAACCAGGUACGUUUGUUUCUGUGGCAUGUAAAGGAGGACUCAACCUGCAAUCGCAUGUGGACUCUGAAAAACACAAAAGAGCAAUUCAGGGAGAAGCUUCUUUCUUAACAGACUUUUUCGUAAAACCAGGUAGCAGUUUGGAAGAUGAAGUAACCGCAGCAGAGGGAACUUUCGCUUUUCACACUGUUAAGCACCACAACAAUUAUAACAUGAUGGUGUGCACAUCAGGCCCACUGAGGACCAUGUUCCCAGAUUACGAUAUUGCAAGGAUAUUUUCAAGUGCAAAAACCAAGACUGAGGCAAUUGUAAAUUCUGUCUUGGCACCUGAUUGUUUAGAAAAUGUUUUGAAAAGCAUUGAAGAAAAUGAAGUAGAUUUUUGCGGAGUUUCUACUGGCGGGAGUGACCAUGGUUCGGUAAAGGUGUUUCCGAUAGUUAUUCGAUAUUUUGACUGGAAAAGUGAUGGUUUGCAGUCCAAAAUAAUUGAAAUGCAAAGCCAACCCAACGAGAGUGCAGAUACAAUCUCAUCAUACGUGAAAGAAACUCUUGAUAGUAAAGGACUAUUAAAUAAAUGUAUAACGUUCACAGGUGACAACUGCAACACAAUGUUUGGAGGGAUGCCAAGGGAUUCAGAAGGAAGAAAUGUGUUUGCAAAGUUGAAGAAUGAGCUAGAUAACAAAACUUUAAUUGGUGUGGAAUGUCCAGCACACAUUUUGAAUAACUGCGUACAGCAGGCAGCAGAAACGUUGGACGUCGAUAUUGAGGGCAUCCUUUUCAGGAUAUACCAGUACUUUCAUAUCUAUAGAGUCCGAACAGAGCAGUUAAAGGAGUACUGUGAAUUUGUGGACAUUGAAUACAAACAGCUGCUAUCGCAUAGCAAAACAAGGUGGUUGUCAUUAUUUCCAAGUAUCACUAGACUCAUUCACCUGUUUCCAGCUGUCAAGGCGUUUUUCCUCUCGCAGAAUAAACCACCAACAGUGUUAAAAAACUUUUUUGAACAUGAGUUCAGUGAGGUUUAUUUAUUGCACUUGCAGUCUCUCAUGAGUAUCUUUCACUCAAAUAUUUUGGAACUCGAAAGGGAAAAUAAUUCAGUUGUAGAGGUUCUGAAAGUUCUGCUUUGUGUUCAUAACAUGCUUACUGAACGUAAGAGCAACAACUUUAUGUGUCUCAAAGUUAAGAGCCUCCUAGCCGAAAAGCGUAAGCAUGGUCUUAGUGCGGCGUGUGACAAAUUCUGUGCAGAAGUAAAUAGCUUAUACGACAGCUGCAUAGAAUAUCUAGAAAAAUGGGUGGAGCCCAUGAAGGAGUUUUCAUGCUUCAUGUGGAUGUCUCUUAGUGAGUCACUAGAGUGGGACAAGGUAGAAUCUUCCAUGAAAUUUCUCCUGGACAGGCAUGUGUCCAUAGAUUAUGGGAAGUGCUUUGAUCAAUUCUUCAACCUCAGGAAGUUUGUAAAUCAAUACAAAGGUGAUGAUGAGUUCAUUAAUCUACAGGCGCAUCAGAAGUGGGCCAAGUACUUUGAGACUUCCAAAAACAUGUGCCAGUCAGAACUUCUGAAAAUUGCACAGUUUUUUUUUGCUAUUGCACCACAUAAUGCGAAUGUGGAACGCAUCUUCUCUCUGAUGCAAAGUCAGUGGAGCAAAGAAGGAGGCAACUUACCCUUUGAAUCACUGCGAAGUAUAUUGCUAGUACAAUAUAAUUAUAAACACUUUACUUGCAAGGAAUUUUGUGCCUAUCUCUUAAGCAAUAAGCAGUUGUUGAACAGGAUCAGAUCUACAGAGAAAUAUGCUUAGGCCAGACAGUGUCAGAAAGAAGAACAAAGUGCAUCUGAAACUGACGGAAAGGGCUUUUUAAGACUUCUGCAGAAAUGUGGAACUGAAGGCGCAAGACUAUUCAAGCUGCUAAAGGCUACUGUAGAAGAGGACAAUGGUGCCCAAGGGUCUUAAAGGCUGAGCCCCAGAAUCUGGAGAGGAGGUUCAGUAGGUGAGGUGCCAGCACGCAGCCCUACUGGCCACUGACUAUAGGCCCCAGGAAUUAGAAGAGUCCCUAGUUCCCUAAUUGGCUUGACCUGCCAUGCCGUUUCUCAGAGCCUGGAAGUGGCAGAGAAGCCAUCGAUGCUGAUGGUGCCAAAAAUACGAGAGGGAAGAGGGCCUGGCGAGGCUGCUGCCACAAGAGAAAGGCACAGACCCAGUGGGGUGGGGUGUCCAGUUACAGGGAGGUGGAUAUUGCAGUAGGAGCAGCAGCUAGUCUGCUGGGGGCCCCUGGGAAUCCGGGUUCAAAUGAUGCUAGAUAUAAAUACCAUUGUGUAGCUGGCUUUGUCCUGGCAUAGGUUUUACACAGCAGCCAAAAUCUAAUUCAAGCAUUAAUGUUGAACUCCUUGAUUUUUCAUGCACGAAACUGGACUUUGAUUGGGUGCUGCCACUACCCUUUCAGCUGGUGCUGUAGAUUAUAGGUUACCUUGUUAGUGGCUUGCCUGACACCCUCACUGUAUUCUUAAGUGGCAGGUAUGGCCGCCUUAAAAGUUCACCCAGGACUUGUAAUUGUGCUAAAUUCAGCAUUUUAGGCUGUCUCUGUUGUAAACUUUUCUCUUUGAUUUUUUUGCUAUCUUACAUUGUUGUCUUCCAUGAAGUAUUUGCUGAUGGGCAUGUAUGUGUGUUAUAUAUGUUUAUAAUAAAUGUGGCUGGAAACUA